AUCAGCUGAGUGUUUACUGGACAGUGCAGCACAUUUUCAGGGACAGCAGACGACAUGAUCGAAGUACCGAGGUUUCACGGUAGAAAAGUGUUGCAGUCCAUUUGAUUGUGAUUCUUUUGCAAUCCUACUACUUGUAACGGUGGGUGCACUGUCAGAUUUGGCAAUCGGAAAGUUAUUCAUCCCUCGGCGAAGAAUAUUGAUACAACCGAGAGAGCAAGAUCACACCUUAAUUAAUUGCUUUAUUCGAGAUAAUCGGGCCAUCUCAUCUCAUCGCUGUUGGUGCCCGCUAAGCAUGCUGGGAUUGGACUGAAGCAUCAUGGAUCCUGAGGAGGCGGAGCUGCUCAACGACUACCGCUACCGCAGCUACGCGGCGGUCAUCGAGAAGGCGCUGCGGAACUUUGAGUCGUCGAGCGAAUGGGCCGACCUCAUCUCGUCCCUGGGCAAGCUGAACAAGGCCCUGCAGAGUAACCUGAAAUACUCUCUGCUGCCGCGGCGUCUGGUCAUCGGGAAGCGUCUGGCCCAGUGUCUGCACCCCGCCCUGCCCAGUGGCGUCCACCUCAAGGCCCUCGAGACCUACGAGAUCAUCUUCAAGAUCAUCGGCACCAAAUGGCUCGCCAGGGACCUCUUCAUCUACAGCUCGGGGCUGUUCCCUCUGCUGAGUCAUGCUGCGAUGGCAGUGAAGCCGGUGCUGCUGGGUCUGUACGAGCGCUACUUCCUCCCCCUGCAGAGGGCGCUGUUGCCCAGCCUACAGGCCUUCACCAUGGGCCUGUUGCCCGGCCUCGAGGAGGGACUGGAGGUCUACGACAGGACGGACGCGCUGCUGUGUCGACUGGGCCAUCUGGUGGGCCAGCGGGUUCUGUACGGGGCCCUGUGGGGCUCGGUGCUGGUGUGCCCGCUGGUGCGGCUGCCCGCCACCCUCUUCAUCGUGUCCCACUUUGACCGCAUGGCAGCACCACGCCUCCAGAGGGACAUGCUGGGCACAGACUACAGGCUGGUGGUGAGAGAGAGAGAGAGAGAGAGAGAGAGAGAGAGAGAGAGAUUCCACUGCUACUGCAGGGAGUCUUUGGGGGAGGACAGCCCCAACUCCUCCACCUCCUCCUCCACCUCCUCCUCCACCUCCUCCAGUCACAUCGCCAGUAAGAUGAAAGAGAAUAAGGUCACCUCUGAGAUCAUAAAAACCGUCAACAUGCUCUUCAACGCAAUGAGUGCAGACUAUCUGUGGGAUUACCUCACCAAACGCUUCCACACCUGUCUCAGUUCCUCUGCAUCAGUAGCGGAGUCCAAAUCCUGGAGCUCCCCUCCCUCUGUGACCGAACUCUCAACACUCAUUAUAUUUCUACUGGACGUCAUACCACUGGAACUGGACUCUGACAUCCAGACUCACUUCCUGCCCCAGAUGCUGAGCAGCAUGCUGCGCUCCCUGCGGGGUCACAUGACGUGUCUGAGCCAAUGGGAGCUGACGCAGGCUCUGCGGGUGUGCUUUAAGGUGCUGGGGAAGGUCCAGAUCCCCAUGGCCUACAUGGACCUGGAGGCAGAGGCCAUGACUCAGCUGGAGGAGAACCCCAACCAGGGCGUAAAGAAAGACCAUGAGGGUGAGGAAAACAACGCGGCGCACUCGCAGAGCAACGGUAACCACAGCAACGGCCCGGUGGAGCCAGUGGUGGUGGUGAACGGAGACGGUGGUCUGGAGGCGGAGCCAGGAGAGGCAGUGUUCCCGCCCCUUCGCUCAGAGGACAGCGGAUUGGGCCUAAGCGCCUCCCCCUCAGAGCAGCACCUCCUCCCGGGACGUGCUUGGUCAGAUACGGCGAUGGGGGUGUGUCCACAGAGAGAGGAUGUGUGGAGGAGGGGUGGGAGUGUGGAGAGCAUCACACACAACGUGCAGGAGAUUCUCGCAGCAGUCAUCAACAGGUACCUGCUGUGUGUGGUGGAGGAGGAUCAGGGGAAGGCGGGCAGCAGCUCAGCCCGAUCGCAGUGCUCCCUCCCUGGGCAAGAAGGGCUCGUCCCCUGGGCGUCAGAGCUCCAGAGAUCACAUGUCCAUGCCCCAGAUCAAAGCCGGCUGGCUGAGAUCUUCACCCCCAACAAACUGAAGCAGCGCAGCUCGUCUACCGAGAGCGACGGGAGGGCCCAGGGGCGGGACUGGCUCACUGGCUACGCCCCCCGCAAUAGGUCAGAGGUCACGGAGGCGGGGCGACAAGCCUUCACUGCUGCCUGUCACCUCAUGCUGGAGAGCACCACCUUCCCACUGUACUUGAGCACGGAAGAGAAUGCACACCUGUACGAGCAGAUGUUUAACAGUGCAAGCACUGAAAAGGGCACCUUACCUGAGUGGCUGAGGUCCCUGAUGGCCCUGUGCUGUCUGUCAAAGGACUACCAGGUGCGGCAUGUGGCCGUGUCGUCCCUGCUGGAGCUGAUCAACCACUCCCAGACGCUGGCACUGGUCGUGAAGGACAAGACCCGACGGGCACACGAGGCUGGCGCCAGUCUCCAGAACGAGCACCUGCAGAUGGUCACAGUGCCGCCCAUCCACCCCACCACCCUCAAGGCCGUCGAGCAGAGCACCGACUUCUACCAGCGUGUGGCCCAGGUGUUGUGGUGUGAGCUGGACAGUGAGUGGCGGGAGCAUCACCUGUCCUGUGUGGAGCUCUUCUACCAGCUGCACUGCCUCGCCCCCUCCCCCCACGUCUGCGAGGACAUCAUCUGCCUCGGCCUGCUGCACACAGACAAGACGGUGCGUUUGGAGUCCCUCCAUAGGUUCUCAGUGUUGUGGCAUCUGACCAGAGAGAUGCAGUUCAGCAUGAGCCUGUCUCUUCACCGCAGCUUUGACAGGGCGUUGUUUGUGGUGCUGGACAGUCUGAACACUGAGGACAGCUCCAUCAUCGCAGCAGGGGAGAGCUGGUUGCUACGGGCACUGUCUCUAGGCGACGCUCUGCGGAUCCUAGAACCGGUUCUGCUUCUGCUGCUGGAUCCUAGAACCCAGAGAAUGUCCAUUCAGAAUGUCAAGCAGAACUUCACCAUCGGUAACCUGAGGGUGCUGACCCAUAGGGAGCGCCACCCCUCUGGCCAUGGAGAUGCCAAGGGCCAAUCAGAACAGAGCGUGCUGCUCAGCAGCCUGAUCUCAGUGGACCGCCAGGCCAUGUGGGAGGAGCUGAGCCGUGACCCCGAGCAGGAGCAGACCUCUGAUUGGCCGGCAGCGCUGUCCCGCAGCGGGAGCGAGGAGACGAGCGAGGAGGACAACAACGUCCACGAGGAGCGCGAGGAAGAGCCGGAGAGCGAGCACACCGAGUCGGCCGACACCAGCGGCGCCCAGGUCUCCACGGAAACCAACUCCAGCUCCACCUCCGGCUCCGCCCCUUACCUGCAGCGUCACGACGACCACAACAGCGAGGAGGCGGGGUCAGGCUCAGGGUCGGGCGCGGGCGAGCCCGAGGGCGUGCGGCGCGUGGACUCUGCGCGCACGCAGGCGUCCGACUCCCUGUCCAGCGAGGACGAGGGCGAGCAGGAGGAGCUGGAGGCGUUGGCCCGCUCGCGUCAGCUGCGGCGGCAGCAGGAGAGGCGCCAGGCGGCCGACUCGCUCUUCCAUCACGUGCUGCUCUACGCCGGGCCGCACGACCACGCACGCCUCCUCCGCCCGCUCGGCAUGCUGGGAGCGCUGCUCGGCCCUGCCGGGGGAGCGCGCGGCGCCGCCCUGGUGGAGGCUCUGAGCGUCACGCCGCUGGACUACGCCGGACACCUGGGCCUGCUGCAGGAGCUGCUGCUACGCCACAGGCAGAGUCAAGAGGGGGGCAGUUUCUAUGGGCCCAUCCCUCCAUCCUCCUCUCCAUCCAUCCCUCCAUCCUCUUCUCCUCCUCCACCAUCCUCCUCUCCCGCCCCCUCAGUGCUGCUGGAGCUGCUCGUGUCUCUCUGCCUCUCCCUCAUGCGUUCCCAUUACCCCAGCUACGCUGGCGUCGGCCCGCGCCAUCUCCACGGCAACCGGGCGGUGCAGGUUAGGAGCGCCGAGGUGCUGACGCGGCUGGCGGCCGAGCUGGUCGCCAUGGCGACGCGGGGCGGGUCAGAGAAAGGGGCCGAGCGAGCACGGGCGUGCGCCUGGAGGCUGCUGGCCGACUGCAAGGUGCAGGAGUACGUGCUGCUGUCGCUCUGCGCCUCCAUGCACACGUGCCAGCGCGCUCACGCACACACACACUCGCACACACACACACACGCCCUCCUGCUGGACCCUCAGGAGGGGGGCGAGGUGUCCGAGGAAGGCCUGGUGGACUUCGGCCGCCUGUCCGAGGCGGCGGCUCUUGAGCGCCCCCUACAGGUGGCUCUGCUGCGGCUGCUGCGUGUGCUCAUCGUGCUGGAGCAUCAGGUGUGGCCCAGCAACCCGUCGUGCGCCCUUCCUGGUGGGGUCGCCGGGGACAACCACCCGCAUCAGAACCACAAACACCAGCCAUCAGGAUCCUCCACGUCCCAGCAUGCACCGGGCUCGUCGCUGGCGCGCGAGUGGCAGACGGCAGUGCUGUACCAGCAGUCCAUCCGGGCGCUGCAGUAUGUGCAGGCGCACCCUCUCACGGCGCAGGGCAUGUUUGUGUCGGCGGCGGGUCGGGCGCUGCAGGGGCAGUGUGGGCACAGUCUGCACCCGGCGUGGCUGGAGCUGCUGGGGUCGGUGCUGCCCUUCCUCGGACGCUCCCUCGGCCUCAUCGCCGCGCCGCUGCUCAGCCAGAUGUGCCGCAACCUGGACGAGCUGGUCAAGGCCCAUGAGCACGAUGGGGUGAAGAGCACGCAGAGCUCCAGUCUGAAGAAGGAAAACAUUGCUCCUGACUACCCACUGACAUUACUGGAGGGGAUCACAGACAUCACACACUACUGUCUGCUGGAGAGCAAGAAGUCCUCUCAGGGUGGUGAUGCUGCAGACAUGCGGAACGCUCGGAACGCUGUAUUAGAGGAGUUUCCGCACAUGCUCAGUAGCAUGGCGCUGAUGUGGGGCGUGGUCAAGGGGGAGGAGUCUCAGCGCAGAGGCACUGAGUCUGUCCAGCUCAGCCGGCACUCGGCCACCUCUGUCUACUUCAAGAGCACCAAGGUUCUCCGUCAGAAGGUUCUGGACUUCCUGACUCCGCUGACUCAGCAGUUUGGGGUGCAGCUCAUGGCCUCGGUGGCCGCCGUGUGGAGCAGCCGCAGGAGCAGGAAGAGACACUGCAAGAACAAGAUCCUGCCUGAGGCGAGUGAGUCUCGUUUGACCAUUGUGCACCUAGUGAAGUCUCUGAGCUCCCUACGCACAGACACCAUCCUACAGCUCGUCAAAGAAGUGGUGAAGAAACCGCACCAGAUUAAAGGAGACCAGAAGUCCACUCUGGCAGACAUCCCCAUGCUCCAGUUCAGCUACGCUUUCAUCCAGAGCCUGCCUGCCCAGAGUCUCCAUGACAACGUGCUGCCCCUCCUAAGUCUGCUCAGGGAGUCGGCCCAGCUCAACCUGGCCCCGCCUGGACACUUCCUGCUCCUGGGCAUCCUGAAUGACUUUGUGAAUCGUCUCCCCAACAUCGACAACAAGAGAGACACCAGAGAGUUACAGGAAGUGACCCAGCGUAUCCUGGAGGCGGUCGGGGGCGUGGCGGGCUCAUCUCUUGAGCAGACCAGCUGGCUAAGCCGUAACCUGGAAGUGAAAGCCCAGCCACAGGUCUGCCUGCAGGAGGACCAGGACGACCCUGAGGACAACGACCUUGAUGCUGGUCAGGCCAGUGCUAUGGUCUCCUCAUCGGCCCCCUCUGUCUACAGUGUACAGGCUUUGGCCCUCCUAGCUGAGAUCCUGGCUCCUCUGUUGGACAUGGUGUACCGUAGCGAUGAGAAGGACAAGGCUGUGCCACUGAUCUCACGCCUUAUGUACUACGUCUACCCCUACCUGAAGAACCACAGUGCCUACAACAUGCCUAGUUUUGGUGCGGGUGCCCAGCUGCUGAGCAGUCUGAGUGGGUACGCCUACACCAAGCGUGCCUGGAAGAAAGAGGUGCUGGAGCUCUACUUGGACCCCCUCUUCUUCCACAUGGACCCCUCCUGCACCUGCCAUUGGAGGGCUAUCAUUGACCAUCUCCUCACCCAUGAGAAGACCAUGUUCAAGGACCUGAUGAGCAUGCAGAGCAGCUCUCUGAAGCUCUUCCCCAGUGUGGAGCAGAAGCCAAUGCUGCUGAAGAGGCAGGCCUUCGCCAUGUUCAGUGGAGAACUCGACCAGUACCAUCUCUACCUGCCCCUCAUACAGGAGCGUCUAACAGAGAACCUGCGUAUGGGUCAGACUCCGUCCAUAGCUGCUCAGAUGUUCCUCAUGUUCCGUGUUCUCCUGCUGCGGAUCUCCCCGCAGCACCUCACCUCCCUCUGGCCCAUCAUGGUCACGGAACUGAUCCGUAGUUUUGUUCGUCUGGAGAAGGCUCUAAAGGAGGACAAAGAGGCAUUAAAGACUAAGGCGCGUGGCGCUCCGGAGAAGAAUGGCGUUCUGACGUUCUCUCCGUCGGAUCUGGACAUGUAUCUGUCCGCCUGCAAGUUCCUGGACAUGGCCAUCUCAUUCCCCCCAGAACGCAUGCCACUCUUUCAGAUGUAUCGCUGGGCCUUUGUUCCUGAGGUGGAUGUUGACAGCUACAGUGGGCCAGAAAACCACCUACUGGAGGGAGAACAGGAGUGCGCCCCACACAUCAGCAGAGUGUUGGAGGCACUACAGCGACGCUAUGGGGAGUUGAAUGGUGUGGUUGGGGAGUCCAGUACAGAGCGGUUGGAGUUCCCUGUGCUGACGCUGCGCUCGCUCUCCUCCAUCACGCAGCUCCAGCCCUUCCUGCACACGCUCAGUUGCUCUUUCAGGGGUCGCCCUGGCAACAGUGACCCCAGUGACCCCUGGCCCGCGGCCGUCUACCCGGCCCACUGCUCCGAGGCCGUGCUCAGGCGCCUGGAGGUCAUCACCGAGGGAGAGUUCCUCAGCAGUAUGGAGGGAUAGAGGAGAUGAGGAGGAGGAGGAGUUGGGCAACAGAGGGAGAGGGUGAGACAGCUAGGCAGGGAGACAGGUGGUGGACAUGGCUAACUAUGAUGGAUAGCACAGGUGGACAUAGCACAGGUGGACAUGGCUAACUAUGAUGGAUAGCACAGGUGGACAUAGCACAGGUGGACAUGGCUAACUAUGAUGGAUAGCACAGGUGGACAUAGCACAGGUGGACAUGGCUAAUCAGUCAGAGGGGAAGGGCACAGAGAGACUGAUCCAGGAUCAGAGAGGAUCUGUUUGCUAAGACGUCUACUCAGUGAGAGCGGCAUAGAGAGAGCCUUCUGAACAGCCUCACCGAAGAGAGUAGUGUCUGAGUGUUUAUUCAGGUUUAUUUAUUUAGAUAGGCUCACAGGACAGGUGAACUAGAAGAAGAGCAGAAAAGUAGGCAGAUCUAGCCUGUCGCUUAUCGUGAGAGAUUAUUACUUUGAUCAGAAAUAAAUACAUUGUUCUGCAAUGCUGAGCUUCUCUAUCUAAAGUGGUGUUUGGACAGCUUUGCAUCAGGGAAAUCCUGCUUUCCAUGACAGGCCUGUAGGUGAACGGUGAACUACACGCUCCCAGUGCAACGUGGCAAGACCCCCGCUCAGUCUGGCAUGGACUGGAGGAUUGUCUUUCUGUGACACUGAAAGCACCGUUCAGAGAAUGGGAGGAGAGGUCAGAGGGUCAUCUGUAGGUUCAUCUGAGCAGGAGGAUCUGAGAGAGUGUUGAAGCCUCCUGUAGACUGUACAGAAGAAAACAAGACCAAGAAUACCAGCAUCAGAGAUCUUCUCAUCUGAUAUAAAUAUUCCAUCUCUAUGGCGACAGCCUGGAACUAUCAGAUCUAAAAGGAUUCUAUGGGGAAUGGCGGACUUGGGAUUCUAGAAGAUGUUGUACCUUUGAUGACCAAACAAAAGUACUCAUUCUAACCGUCUUUAACCGUUUGCUUGCUGGUGUCUUUCUCUCUGAAGGCUGUUUGUUACACUUUCCUUGUUGCCUUGGCUACUGAAAAAAUGCAUUUUCUGUUUGUUGCACUGGUCGAGUCAGAGUGUGGGAAUUUGGGACUUUUAUUUCUCUGUUUACUUCAGUCAGAAACGUCCCUCUUACUCCCUGUGUGUGUGUGUGUGUGUGUGUGUGUGUGUGUGUGUGAGAGAGAGAGAGAGAGGAGUUCAGAGGUGCUCUCCCGAAUGUAAGGCCAUCCCUCUGUACACAUGUGCUCUGGCCUGCCCUGGUGCUUGCAUUCUCUCUCCCUCCCUCUAUCUAUCUCUCCCUCCCUCUCUCUCUCUAAAUCACUGUGCAUUUGACUGCUAAUAGUAAAAGCAUAGUAGUGAGGACUUAAAAGUCUUGACUACUGCUCAUAAAAGGACAGUAGUGAGGACUUAAAAGGCUUGACUACUUCUCAUUAAAGGGCCGUAAUAUGAGGACUCAAAAGGCUUGACUACUGCACAGUAAAGGGUUAAGACCACUUUGACCCCAUGUUCUGACUCUCGUCCCCAAGCUGUCUGGAUGCUUGACCCAGUGAGUUACCUGGACAGGUGAGAGUACUGAGACUUACUUAUUUUAUGGAUGGGUUCACUGGGACAAAUACAAAAUCACUGAAUGUUGUUUCAAAAACAGACCAGGAACAUUUACCAAGCUUGCAUUGUGCACUGCAUGUCUUUUCAUAUGAAGGGAAUGAUGUGGACCGUGUGUGUGUGCGUGUGUGUGCGCGCGCAUGUGUGUGUGUGUGUGUGUGUUGGGAAUCAAAGGCACCAUUGGCGGUCUUUCAGGUUGUGUCUGCACAAAUGUUUAUUGUCAGUAUGGGCCCUGCACAAUUAUGCUUUGCACCAUUAUUUUAUGUGUAUUUCUAAAUUAUAAAAUAAAUCCUUUUUUGUCUGUCAUGUGCAUUGUUAAAGUGGAAUCAUUGUAAAUCUCAAUCAUAAAAUGAAUUAUGUUUGAUGAGCCUUUAAUUCUUUGCAUUGGAUUUUUAAAAAGGUUUUUGGUCUAUUGCAUGACUGUACUACAGCUAAUGUGGGUUGGUAUUGUGACAUACAGUGACUUAUCAGACAUCUGUCCUGUGACCACUAGAGGGAGCUCUCUGCUCUAUAUAUCAUGCUAGAAAACCUCUCUGGCAGGCACAGCAAAUGCACAGGUCGGUGUGUGUCACUUAGUCCUGUUCUGUUCUGCUCUCUAGCUCAGUGUGGCUAUGCAGCAUGGCCUCGCCCAGCUCUCUAAACACACAAGGGCCCUCGGUGACAGGGGGGUCACAGACUAAUUCAGAGCCCCAAACAUUUCCCUGGAAGCUUUUUUCUGUUAGUUUCCAUUUUAGAAAAGACAUCCAUGGGCUCUUAUGGGUUAAUGGAGGCUUAGUUGACCCUUUCAGCAGUGGCUUGGACCAGGUCCCUCUGAGCCCCAGACUUGAGUGGCCAGAGCUGUGUGCUUCUUGCCUGUGUUAGACCCAUGGAGUCCCUGUGGAUCUCUGGAGCUUCCUGCCUGUGUUAGACCCAUGGAGUCCCUGUGGAUCUCUGGAGCUUGCUGUACUCGCCCCCUGCAGAGCUAACACAUGGUGGGAUUGGUAGACCCUCCCCCCCGACCCACUCUCAGACAAACCCCAUGUCGUGCUCUGUUCCCAACUGGACUGGUCAUGAGGAUUGUAUCCAUGUUUAUGGGGAGCUAUUGAUUCCAAGUCGGUACCAUUAAUUGAAUGUCCAGUGGAAAGAUGUAAUAAAUGAAUGAGUUCAUACA